GGUAAACCGCCGCAGCCAGUAGCAACACCAAGCGAUCAGGUCGUUAAAAUCGGUGAACCAGCACGGUUCCACUGCGAGCCAAAUAGUGACACGCCAGCGAGGGUCAGUUGGGGAUACGAAACUGCUGAUGGACCUUUGCGCGGCGAUGUUGUACCGGAAGGGGACGAUUUGCUGAUCAGCAGAGCAGACGAAUCGAACGCCGGUGAUUAUGUAUGUACUGCGACCAACGAAUAUGGAACUGGAGAAGCGGAGCCUGUUCGACUUCAUGUCACUGAAAAAGAAGUGCUACCGACAGCUCGAGUAGUACCGCGGGUGUGGAAUGGACAGCCAGGCGAAAAGCAUCAGUUCCAAUGCAUUACAACAGGAUCACCAGAACCUACAAUUGUUUGGACCGGGCCAGAUGGUGAAACAUUGCCUGACGAUGUAAAUGAUAUCGGAGGUGGAUUUUUGGAUUUCCAGAAUGCUCGAACCGAUAUGAACGGUGAUUACACGUGCACAGCAACGAAUAUAGUGGGCGAGGCUAGCGAUCACGGAUCCGUAAAUAUUGGACCAUCACUCACAGUACGAACAACUCCACCCGGACCACGAAUCGUACUCACUGCAGGUGAACCAUUGGAAGUAAAAUGCGAAGCAUUCGGCGAACCGGAACCGGAAGUCGAAUGGCUACAGUAAGU